CUCUCGCAUUCAUCUUCCCACCACCCCAAUUAACCAACCCCACCACCCCAAUAAUGUCGGACAGAGCAAAAGAAGCCCUGCGCGCAGAAUCCACCCACCUACGCGCGACCGCGCAAGACGUCCUCCUUUCAGGCGCAUACCUCUACCCCUUCAAGGGAAUAAUCCACCUCGCAACCCACAAAUCCCUCUACACCCCGCUCCGCAGCCUCCUAACCCAGACCCUGAUCGCCGGCGUCUCAAUAACAACCGCGCUCUUCGUCUUCACGUACGUCCCGCAAACCGCGCUGCUCACGUUCACCUCGGGUCCCUUCUUCGCGCCCAUCGCUGGCGGAUUACUUGUCCUCGCCGAAGCCAGCGCCGUCACGCACUUCGUGGCCCGCGGGUGGAUUAUCCGGGAUGCGCUGGUCGAUGUCUUUGAUGCGGUGUUGUUGGAGCGCGGGUGUGAGGGGCUUGUUAAGGAGGGGAGGGUUGUGAGAGCUAAUGUGAAUUCGUUGAUGGGGAGACUUGGGAAGAUGGUUAAGAAGCCUUUUGGUUCUGGGUCUGGGUCUGGUGGUGGUGCUGGUGGGGUUGUUGGAGGGAUGAUAAGGUCGAUGGUCCUGCUGCCGUUGAAUUUUGUUCCCGUUGUGGGCACGCUGCUUUAUGUUUAUGUUAAGGGGAAGAAAGCUGGGCCGGGAUUGCAUGCGAGGUAUUUUCAGCUUAGGGGGCUUGGGGGUAGAGAUAGGGAGGAGUGGGUGGAGAAAAGGAGAGGGGGGUAUACGGGGCUUGGAAUGGCGUCUGUGCUGCUGGAGAUGGUGCCCUUUGCGUCGAUGGUGUUUGAGUUUAGUAACGCUGUUGGGGCUGCGCUGUGGGCAGCAGAUUUGGAGAAGGCAAACAAGAAGUAGUAUGUCUCGACUUGAGGAUCAAUGUAUGGGGUAUACCAAGCAGAUCCUGGACCGCAAUUAUUGUCCAUGGAACAGGUUGAUACAGAUCGAGCAAGCUCGAAUGUAGUACACAUAUAUAUACACAUUAACUAUAAUAUCUACGCCCUUUCAGGAAGACAAGCUAAACUGCACCCCAGCCGUCGGAACGGCAGCGGACGUAGUUUCUCCCCUGACACCCGUGGGCCCUUAAGCCCGUUCUCAUACGUGCUGCAAUCCCACCACUCGAACCAUUCCGUCCGCGCAAUGACAAAGCUCCGGUGGCAAACGGAGCAAGAUCGACCACCGGCACUGCGCACUUCCCGCGCAUGCCGGAGAAGCCG